AUGGAGGUAGAGCUGCCCUCAGAACAAGAUGGAGUAGAGCUGCCUCAGAACAAGAUGGAGGUAGAGCUGCCCUCAGAACAAACAAGAUGGAGGUAGAGCUGCCCUCAGAACAAGAUGGAGGUAGAGCUGCCCUCAGAACAAGAUGGAGGUAGAGCUGCCCUCAGAACAAGAUGGAGGUAGAGCUGCCCUCAGAACAAGAUGGAGGUAGAGCUGCCCUCAGAACAAGAUGGAGGUAGAGCUGCCCUCAGAACAAGAUGGAGGUAGAGCUGCCCUCAGAACAAGAUGGAGGUAGAGCUGCCCUCAGAACAAGAUGGAGGUAGAGCUGCCCUCAGAACAAGAUGGAGGUAGAGCUGCCCUCAGAACAAGAUGGCGGUAGAGCUGCCCUCAGAACAAGAUGGAGGUAGAGCUGCCCUCAGAACAAGAUGGAGGUAGAGCUGCCCUCAGAACAAGAUGGAGGUAGAGCUGCCCUCAGAACAAGAUGGAGGUAGAGCUGCCCUCAGAACAAGAUGGAGGUAGAGCUGCCCUCAGAACAAGAUGGCGGUAGAGCUGCCCUCAGAACAAGAUGGAGGUAGAGCUGCCCUCAGAACAAGAUGGAGGUAGAGCUGCCCUCAGAACAAGAUGGAGGUAUAGCUGCCCUCAGAACAAGAUGGAGGUAGAGCUGCCCUCAGAACAAGAUGGAGGUAGAGCUGCCCUCAGAACAAGAUGGAGGUAGAGCUGCCCUCAGAACAAGAUGGAGGUAGAGCUGCCAUCAGAACAAGAUGGCGGUAGAGCUGCCCUCAGAACAAGAUGGAGGUAGAGCUGCCCUCAGAACAAGAUGGAGGUAGAGCUGCCCUCAGAACAAGAUGGAGGUAGAGCUGCCCUCAGAACAAGAUGGAGGUAGAGCUGCCCUCAGAACAAGAUGGAGGUAGAGCUGCCCUCAGAACAAGAUGGCGGUAGAGCUGCCCUCAGAACAAGAUGGAGGUAGAGCUGCCCUCAGAACAAGAUGGAGGUAGAGCUGCCCUCAGAACAAGAUGGGGGUAGAGCUGCCCUCAGAACAAGAUGGAGGUAGAGCUGCCAACAGAACAAGAUGGAGGUAGAGCUGCCCUCAGAACAAGAUGGAGGUAGAGCUGCCCUCAGAACAAGAUGGAGGUAGAGCUGCCUUCAGAACAAGAUGGAGGUAGAGCUGCCUUCAGAACAAGAUGGAGGUAGAGCUGCCCUCAGAACAAGAUGGAGGUAGAGCUGCCUUCAGAACAAGAUGGAGGUAGAGCUGCCCUCAGAACAAGAUGGAGGUAGAGCUGCCCUCAGAACAAGAUGGAGGUAGGGACACUGGCCCUGCUGUUCAGUAUACUGUAGGCUACCUCAGGUAGUACUUCAGUAUAAGCUACCUCAGGUAGUACUUCAGUAUAAGCUACCUCAGGUAGUACUUCAGUAUAAGCUACCUCAGGUAGUACUUCAGUAUAAGCUACCUCAGGUAGUACAGUGCCUUGCAAAAGUAUUCAUCCACCUUGGCGUUUUUCCUAUUUAGUUGCAUUGCAACCUGUAAUUUAAAUUGAUUUUUAUUUGGAUUCAUGUAAUGGACAUACACAAAAUAGUCAAAAUUGGUGAAGUGAAAUGAAAAAAAAGAACUUGUUUCAAAAAGUUCUAAAAAAUAAAUAAUGGAAAAGUGGUGCGUGCAUAUGUAUUCACCCCCUUUGCUAUGAAGCCCCUAAAUAAGAUCUGGUGCAGCCAAUUACCUUCAGAAGUCACAUAAUUAGUUAAAUAAAGUCCACCUGUGUGCAAUCUAAGUGUCACAGGAUCUCAGUAUAUAUACACCUGUUCUGAAAGGCCACAGAGUCUGCAACACCACUAAGCAAGGGGCACCACCAAGCAAGCGGCACCAUGAAGACCAAGGAGCUAUCCAAACAGGUCAGGGACAAAGUUGUGGAGAAGUACAGAUCAGGUUUGGGUUAUGAAAAAAUAUCAGAAACUUUGAACAUCCCACGGAGCACCAUUAAAUCCAUUAUUUAAAAAAUUGAAAGAAUAUGGCACCACAACAAACCUGCCAAGAGAGGGCCGACCACUAAAACUCACGGACCAGGCAAGGAGGGCAUUAAUCAGAGAGGCAACAAAGAGACCAAAGAUAACCCUGAAGGAGCUGCAAAGCUUCACAGCAGAGAUUGGAGUAUCUGUCCAUAGGACCACUUUAAGCCGUACACUCCACAGCGCUGGGCUUUACGGAAGAGUGGCCAGAAAAAAGCCAUUGCUUAAAGAAAAAAAUAAGCAAACACGUUUGGUGUUUGCCAAAAGGCAUGUGGGAGACUCCCCAAACAUAUGGAAGAAGGUACUCUGGUCAGAUGAGACUAAAAUUGAGCUUUUUGGCCAUCAAGGAAAACACUAUGUCUGGCGCAAAGCCAACACCUCUCGUCACCCCGAGAACACCAUCCCCACAGUGAAGCAUGGUGGUGGCAGCAUCAUGCUGUGGGGAUGGUUUUCAUCGGCAGGGACUGGGAAACUGGUCAGAAUUGAAGGAAUGAUGGAUGGU